AUGGGGACCCCGGAAGGUCCCUUGGGAAAUCAGAAACCCGAACCGCGGGUACUGGGCGGACGGGAGAUCACUGACCAAAGAGGUAAGACCCGCAUCGUGGGUCCUUUCUACUGCAGCGUGUGUCAUAAGCAAUUCCCGCACAAGAGCUUGACGGAAAUCCACCUCCAAUGUCAUAUGGAGAAAAGAUUACCGUGUCCUUUUUGUGACAAGAUGUUCAAGAACAAAUAUGUGUUGAAGUACCACGUCGAGGGGGCUCACAAUCACACAGUGGGCGAGCCUAGUCCGCAGUUGAGAAGAAGGUUAGAGAAGAGAUCUUUGAACACAGUCACGUGUUUCUGUGGAAUCAGCUUCGAAACCAUGAAUAGCUACAAUGAGCAUAUGAGAACGCAUCAACACCACGGAGCUGCUCAGGUACAGAACGAGUAUCUCCUUCGACGUCGAGCUCAAGAAAGGAAUGCGUCUUUUCAGCAACGUGUGAAGUACAACCCGUGUCCAAUGUGCAAGGAAACCUUCGCUAAUCUCUUCCAACUCGUUAAGCACAUGGAAAUCCACAACAACAAUCAAGCUCCACCGUCUCCCGAACUGCCUGUCAAGCGAAUUCGUCUGUCGGGAGGCGCGACUUUGCAGAUCACCCCCGUACCGGUGUCUCGAACGCCGUCGUCGUCGGACGUCUCGGCUUCUCCCCCUCCGAUUUCUUGUCGUAAUUCGCCCUUGCGGCAACCGCAACCGAUAUCUUUGGUCUCCUGUCGGAGUUCACCCUCCGACGACACGUUCCAACGAAAGGCUUCAGUUCCUCCGUCAUCGUCAUCCUCGCCUCAGAGCCUCUGGGAGUGCGAGAUCUGCGACGAUGCCUUCAGCCACCUGGCGCUAUUACGAGGUCACAUGCACAACAAACACCACCUCUACCUUGUCUGUUUAGAAUGCCACGAGUUCCUCAACGAUGUCAACGGCAUGGCGCAGCACAUGAGCGAAGUCCAUCCCAACGUUUCCGCUCAUCCGUGUUCUGUAUGCGGCCGGUGUUUUUCGGAUGAGGAGGCGGCGAAAAGCCACCUGGAUGCCCAUAAAAACGGUCUGGCGGACUUCAGCGGAUGCUUCCAGUGUUCGUUUUGCGAAGCCUUGUUCGAUGCUGAACGUGAGUGUGCUCUUCACGAAGAUGCCCACCGUACAGAGGGCUCGGCUAUUCUCAGCUAA